AUGAUGCUGCCCCCCACCCCCUGCAAACUGGAUAGUGAAGACUCUGGAUUGGGUGGUGAGAAGAAGGCUGGAAAGAAGAAGUCCAAGAGAGGAGGCAAGAAGAAAGGUGAAGAGGGAGGCCUUGAUGAUCCUGGACAGACAGCGGUAUCGACAGUGAGCGACAGUCGAGCGGGGUCAUCAAAGAGGUCAUCAGGAAGUCCUCAUUCCUCAAAGCCAACUUCGGCCAGGUCGUCGAAAUCGUCGUCUGCUCAUCGUAGAAUGCACGACCCCCUGUCGUACGACCCUAAGCAAUUUUUGGGUGACAACAACCCCCCUGAAGAUGAAUCAGAAUUGGCCAAAUUGCAAGAGGCCUUGGGAGGUGGAGGCUCAACAACACUUACCGAAUCAGAGGUAUUUUGGUUUCAUUUACCAAGGUCGCCUUCUCAUCGAGCUGCUGUCUUCACUCUGCCUGUACAAAUCAAAAGGCUUAGAGGUCUCUGCACCGUGGACUACUUGAAGAAAUACAUGCGCCUGAGGACGUCUCGCCGGCAGCUUUAUUCAAUGGUCUUCACAAAACACAGGACUUGGAGCAUACGCAUUGAACGCUUACUGGCUAGCGACUUCGGGAAAGCCCUGGGCGACGCCCUUGGAGGGGAGCUGUCAGAGACGCAGCUGGAGAAGUUGACCUCAAUGGUGCCUCUACCUGAAGAGGCACUGGACAAAGACUUCUUUGUCCUUAUUGCUGCCUUUGCUGAGAGACUCUUCUGUUACGAUCUCUUAGCAGCUAGAGAUGUAGAGAUAGAGCCACGGGACCUGGUUGAGCAAUUGGAUUUCCAGCAACUUGACGAACGGUUAGAGGAGGUGACGCUGGAUCCUCUGUUGCAUCGGAUGCUGACUACUAUCAGGGAUCUAGGUUAAAGAAUCUUAACGACACUCCCAGACCUAGAUUAAGGAACUUUGUCGCCUAUAAACCCGUAGGACCUAGGUGUAGGAACCAUGAUCAUUGUGGAUGGUGGUUAGGAUCCUGUGUUUAGGUAAAUCAACCUUAAUCAUACAGGGUUAAUAAUGCAAAACCAUAAUAUCUAAGAUCUUGGUUAAGUUGCCAAUAUGUCCGUCCAUGCCCUAGUUUAGGGAAACAUGUUGAUCAUUUUAAAGGAUUUAAAGAAUUAUAUGACGGAAUCUCGAGAACCAGUUGGUAUCAAGGUUGAGACAAGAAUUUUCUCCAGGAUCAACAUUUGUGAACAAUGAGAAAUGUCCAGGUACUGUAUGUAAAGGAGAUUAGCUAAGGUACCCUGAAACAACAUUUGGGAUCAACUAAGAAUCCUUGAGAUCCGUCCGUCAUUUAGCUUU